UGUUAGUGUGUGCAGAGAAACUGAGUGUCGUCCUAUGAGACAUAUGCAUUAAUUGUUCUCUUACAUAAUACAUGUAUACGCAUGGCUGUUGCAGUGCAGUGAUCAUCGACGUAAAAAGUGUAUAUGUAGGCCAAUAGCUCAUCCAUCCAUCCGCCAUGAUGCUUCUUAGCCGCAAAACAAGUCGUGCCUUAUCCAUCUUUUUCAUUUGUCUUGCGAUUGUCGGUUUCUACGUGUACCUGAACUCCUCAACACAAGAUGAGGAGCACGUUCGUACGAAGCAAUCCUUCGACAUAACCCCCACUUUGGGUAGGACUGUCCACCCCUCUGAUGUCAGAACAGCCAGCAUCAACAAUGAUACGGAGGCCGAGAAAGGUCCCGCCAAAAUAGACCCCGAAACUGUCCAAGCAAUCGAUAGUGGGAAUACGAAAGUCGAGUCAAUCGAAAAGAGCAGAGUCGAUAAGAACUUUAUAGAUUUGGACCAAAUGGAUGCCGAGGAGCUGUUUAACCGAACGGCCAUCGUGACGGCGAUAUCGCAGAAUCACUUCCGAGAAUCGAAGGGAAUGAUCGGCAGCGUGCAGGAGAUUUUGCCCCACAAAAAGAUCAUCGUUUAUGACUUGGGAUUGACACCGCAGGGUGUCACUGAGGCCAAACGACUGUGCAACGUUGAGCUACGAAGUUUCGACUUCUCCAAAUAUCCGCCGCACGUGAAGAACCUGUAUAAAUAUUCCUGGAAACCGCUGAUAAUAAGGGAUGCAUUGGAAGAGUUCGGUGUGGUAUUUUGGGGCGACGCCUCUGCCCGAAUACAGAAGGACCCUUUGGUUCUCUUCCCGGUACUGAAACAGCAGCAGGGUUUCAUGGCGAUCGUGGAGCAGUACGGGAGCUCCAAGAUGCUGGCCCGCACCAACCCGAAGAUGUUCAAAGAGCUCCAGAUAAACAUGGAGAAAUUCGUCAAAGACGACGGCUAUUCCAUGUGCAUGGAAGGCAACCGGUUGUUGUUCGCGAACACACCCCAAGUCCAAACCAAGAUUAUCGAACCGUGGGUCGAGUGCGCUUUGAGAGAAGAGUGCAUCGCGCCAGCGGGCAGCGUUCGAGGUAUCAACCAGAAGAAACCAGACAAACACACGCAUCGGUACGAUCAGGCUGCGCUCGCACUCAUCGUAUACAGAAACUUGAGAGGUCUUUUGAAUCAAGACAAUGACCAAUCAAAACUCUUCUUCUCAGUGGCCGGACUGACGCGAUCCGCUAAAGGGUCAGAGAAGGCCAAAAACUGUAAAGUAUGAAGUCUCUUCAAAAAGCAUUAAUUCCUCAAUUAUUACAUUGUAUUUGUAACUCUGACAUGGUUGUGCCCAGUUUACGCCAUCAGGUCCAUUUAGGACCGUUACAAUAGUUUUGCUUAACCUUUUUUUUUUUUUUUUUAUAGUUCACCGACUUCCAUUUUCAAAUUGAAUUUCGGAGAUCCACCCCCCCCCCCAUUUUCUGGUUUGGUUGGCCCACCAAUCAGCUGAAAGUUCUUAUUGCUUGCUUGAGCUUCACCUGAACAUUGCAUACAAGACAA